AUGCUGCUGAAGGACGAAUCUAGUGAACCAGCAGUUGGUGGAUCAGCGAGAGGCGUAGCCUCCAGUAGUGAUUUACCACCUGAAUUGGUGGAAACUGAACAAAUUGGUGAAACGAUGAGUGAAAGUGAGAUUUCUGAAGAUCCAGGUAAGAAUGAAUUGCUAGAUACUCAAGAUUCCGGUAAAGUUCCUCUGUAUCCUGAGGCUGCUGCCCGUUUUCCUUUUAAAACGGCUGACAGGCUUCUGGACGAUAUUCUACACGAUCUGUCAUUUAUCAAUUCUGAUGACCAUUCGAUUCUUUAUUCUGAUCUAAGCAAUGGGAUAUUAAAAUCGCCGGUGCUGUCAUACUCGAGGAAAGUGGGUAAAACCAGGGCUUAUAAUUUGGGUUCACUUGUUGAUCAGGUUGUACUUCAGACAAAAUUCGAAUAUGAUUCAGUGUCGUGUCCUCAGCAUAACCAUUUGCAAGUUUUUAUGGGGGUGCUUAUAGAUGUAACGCAACAAAAUGUGGCGACAUUUAACAAUUUGGCAACUUUACCGAUUUUCCAUUUAAAAGUAACGGUAAAGACCAGGGAUGUCCUUGAACGCACCAAGAAAAAAGCAGGUAUUACACAUUAUCAUUCUCUGGAUGAAAGUGAAAUACAUCCUUAUGACAAGCAAGAUCUUUUAACAUUUGAUUCUAAGGAUCCACAAUUGUUGGAUUAUGCCAUCUAUGUGUCCAGUGAUUCAAACAAAUUGAUUUUAAUCGAAAUUUUCAAACCAGAAUUUGAUUCAGACGAAGAAAGAGAUGCAUUUAAGGAAGAAUCUAUCAAUAAUAGAUAUGAGAUGGCUUGUAACAGGUUCGAUUCUCUUGAUCCAACAAGAAUACCCACGCAACCUGAUUGCAUCAACACUCUUUUUAAAAUAUUUAAGGGACCAUUGAAUAGGAAAAGCUCAGAGGAACCGAGGAAAACCAUCAAUCCAAAUAAUGUUUCUCUCAACUCACAUAUCGACCCCACUUGGUUGACCUCCAAAUACGGAUUUGAACUUCAUGUUGAAAAAGAUGAGGAAACAGGUGAAGAUAUUCUAGAGUACGCCCCACCUGACUUGACCAACUACCAUAGAGAUUGGAAAGUGAGAAGACUUCGUGAGUCUUUUACUAGAAGAUGCCUGGAAUUGAUCUUCUUGGGUAGAGUCUCCAUCAGAUUGCUGUCGCAAGAAGCCGUUAAUAGAAAUCCUAAAGUUUAUCGGAUCUUUAGCAUGAUGCAGACUAACUUCUCGACCAUGUUCUGGUUUCAACUUUUGGGUGAAUACAGGGCUAUUUUCAGCACAGAAAGUAGUUCUCCAUUAGAUUCAGAUCAUCAUUUCAUAGAUCUGUCAGCUUGUUACAAUUACAUCGACAGGGAUAUUAUUCGCAAUUAUGAGGCACAGUGUACGUUAGAUCCAGAAAACGUUGGGGUCUAUGUUGAUGCCCUCAAUUUCAUAGCAAACAGGAAAGGUGCAUAUCAGUUAAUCGCUUAUUGUGGUAAACAAGAUUUCGUCGGCCAGGAAGCAUUAGAUCAUGCAUUGGGCGUUUUCCAAAUCGAUUCCAAAGAGUUUGACCCGCAUAACUUGAAUGAUAGUGUUCUAUUAUCAAUAUACAAGAAUGAAAGCGCCAGUACAAGAAAUCCCAACAGACACGCAGAGUUAAAAAAUUCCUUGAGGCUGCUUGCUAAGUUUAAAAAAUCUCCAAAAUUGAAGUUUUAUGCUGAUUACGAACCCUAUAGAAAUGUGACACAGGCAUAUGAGAUUUUGGAAGUCGAUGAAUCUGUUGAUGAUGAUAUUAUUCAAACGGCAUACACAGUCAAAGUUAACGAUUCGCCGGGUCUAAAAAUUGAUUGUGAUAGGGCACUUUACACUAUUGCUGUUCACUCAAGAAGUUUAGCACUUUUCAAUUUCCUGGUGCAGCAAUCCGAAGAAUUUCAAGAGUAUUUUGGUCCUGAUCAAUUUUCUUACCAAGAUGCCCUUUCCGUCCUGCAAGUUAAUGAGAAUGCGGGUGAUGAUACAAUCUUAGAAAUUUUUCAACGUAAAUGGUAUAAAGAACCAGUAUUUGACGCCGAUCAAUUUUUGAAAUUGAAAGGCGCAUUGUCCAAGAUUGGAUUUGAACGAAAUUCUAAACUGAUCUCACAUUUUAUUGACACUGGCACAGUUGAUGCAUCAUGUCUUCCCGCUGAAAAUUGGCCUACCGGGUUGAACAACAUCGGUAAUACCUGUUAUUUGAAUUCGCUUCUACAAUACUAUUUCUCGAUUUCAUCUUUAAGACAAUACGUUUUGGAUUAUCGUAAUACUGUCCAACAUUUCUUGAACAAUCAAGAAUAUGCUUCGAGAAGAAUUGGUGGUAGAGAAAUUACUGAAGCGGAAGUUGAAAGGUCGGUACAGUUUGUCUACCAACUUCGUGAUUUGUUUGAUUCUAUGAUUCAUGCCCAAGACAGAUGCGUCACUCCAAGAAAAGAACUUGCCUACUUGGCAUUUGUACCCAGUGGGUUAGGAGUAGAAUUCGAACUACCUAACGCAUCUCAGGCUAAUGCAAACGCUCCAGUUGAGAAAGAGAAUUACGUCAAUAUCGAUUCUGAACCUUCACCACCACCUAAUGAUGAACCUUUGCUCAUAGAUUUGGACGAUGAUUCUGACCCUAAUAAUCAUUCAAAGCUUAACAAAAAUUCUAAUGACGACGGUAAGAUCAAUGAAUUCGACAAUUCUCAAGCAGGCGAGAAUGAUGUUGAUGUUGAUAUUUCUAUGACUGACAGUCCUGCUGAAGAAGAGAAAGUUACAAAAGCCGACAGUGGAUCCUCAAGUAACAAUUCCAACAAGGCGGUAGCCAUGAACACUUCGACUCGUGUGGCUAAGAUAAGUUCCGAUCAACUUGAAAAUGCACUGGAAAUGGGGAGACAACAAGAUGUCACGGAGUGCAUUGGAAACGUUUUAUUUCAAUUGGAAAGCGCUUCUGAUCCGAUAAGCUUGGGUGAUGACAAUGAACAAAAUGAUUUGGUGAAACAAUUGUUCUAUGGUAAUAUAAAGCAGAAUAUUAUUCCUUUGAAAGAUGAAACCCAAGUUCGUACCAAAUAUGAACGCUUUUUAUCGUUGUUGGUUAAUAUUGGUGACCAUCCUAAGGAUAUCUAUGAUGCAUUGGACUUGUACUUCCGAGAUGAGUAUUUGAAAUUGGAAGAAUACGGUGAUGUCAAGAGAACAGUUGCUGUAACAGAUUUCCCAACAAUUCUACAGAUUCAAAUCCAGAGAGUAUACUAUGAUCGCGAGCGGUUCAUGCCGUUCAAGUCUGUUGCACCAUUGCCUUUCAAUGAAACUAUUUACAUGGAUAGGUACAGUGAUACUAAUAACCCUGUGUUGAUUAACCGCAAAAGAGAGACUGAAAAAUUGGUGCAGGAACUCAAUGGCCUGAAGGGAAGGCAACGUGAGCUGUUGAGCAAGAAUGAGUUGGGACUAUCAAGAAAGGGUGCUUUAAUUGAGACUUCCAACUUCUUAAAGUCAGAUGUUCUUGAAACUCAAGGCAUUCAAAUUGAUAACAGGACUGGUCUGGCACAAGAAUUAGAUAAUAUUGUUUUGGGGAUUAAUGAUGAGUUGUCGCAGCUAUAUCAUAAUAUAACACAAUUAGAGAGUAAGAUCUCUCAUCAGUUUGAUGACUUUAAAAGCAUAGGAUACUCACUUUUCGCUGUAUUCAUUCACAGAGGAGAGGCUAGUUAUGGUCAUUAUUGGAUUUAUAUCAAGGACCGUUAUAAAAGUGGCAUAUGGAGAAAAUACAACGAUGAAACUAUCACAGAGGUUCCUGAGAGUGAAGUCUUUAAUUUCUCAGAGGGGAAUACCGCUACUCCAUAUUUUCUAGUUUACGUCAAGCAAGGUCAUGAACAGGAGAUUGAGCCCUUGAAAAGAGUAUUAGAAGUAACUGUGUAA